UUUCCAACCGUCUUUGGUGACUAUCUCGCCAACUGUGUCACCAAACUCGAGGUGACCGACAAUGACACCAGCUUCAUCCACGUAGCCUGCCAAAACCAUUCAAAGGUAUCCACGCCCCGCGCAACUUCAACCAUCGGCGUAUACUUUGGUCCGGAGAAUCCAAACAACGCUGAGCACUUCCUAUCCGACGGCACUUUUACCGGUCCGCGCGCGGAGCUUCACGCUGCGCUGGCAGGACUCAAGAUCUCGAGGCGAAUUUGCGCCGAGGGAGGGUUCUGCAGCUGCCCGAAGCACGAAGAUGGACAUGAGUGUGUUGUUAGACACCUCGUAGUGAAGACGAAGUCCGAAUACGUCGCCAGAGGUAUGGGAGGCGGAGAAAGGGACCGAGAACCUUGGAUAUGGAGAUGGCGCGAGAACGGAUGGUUGACGAUUAAUGAAGAACCGGUCAAGAAUAGGGAUCUCUGGAAGGCUUUGUGGCGAGAGUUGAAAGGUCUCGGCGUAUUGGGAUUCAGGGUAGAUUGGUGGCUUGUUCCGAAUAGCGACAAUAACGAGGCUUAUUGUGUUGCUGGCGGCGUGCUAUCUGCGAUAGACCUGAGCCCUGACGAGAAACAUACCGAAUGGUUGACGGACGAGCUUCAGCGCCAUGCGGGUUGUGAUCAUCCACUUGAUAUGGAUCCGAGGGCAGUGCCGGAGAGUUGCGUACUAUUGGAGUCGAAGAUGUGA